UCGGAUCAAUCGAGCGUAUACUCUGAUAUUUGGAUAGUUAUCGAGAGAGAGAGAGGACAUGGCUGGACCAAUCACGCAAGACUGGGAACCGGUGGUGAUCCGCAAGAAGGCUCCGACCGCCGCCGCUCGCAAAGACGAGAAAGCCGUCAACGCCGCUCGUCGCUCCGGCGCCGAGAUCGAAACUAUCAAGAAAUCAGCAAAUGCAGGCUCAAAUAAAGCUGCUUCUAGUAGCACUUCCCUGAACACAAGGAAGCUUGAUGAAGAGACAGAGAAUCUUACUCAUGACAGGGUGCCAACUGAAUUAAAGAAAGCCAUCAUGCAAGCUAGGAUGGACAAGAAACUCACUCAAGCUCAACUGGCUCAGAUGAUCAAUGAAAAACCACAAAUCAUACAAGAAUAUGAAUCGGGCAAAGCCAUUCCAAAUCAACAGAUAAUUUCCAAAUUGGAGAGGGCUCUUGGUGCGAAACUGCGAGGAAAGAAGUGAAAAGGCCUAAUAAUUUGUGAAAGUAACUUUUAUAUAUCAGCAUGAUGGUCAUAGUGUCUUCUGUCACCGAAGAGUCUUCGGUAGUGGUGUUUUUGUACAUGCACUUGCUUUGUUGUCCCCGUGGCUAUUUUCAUGGCUCAUCUGUAAGAAUUUAACUGUGGUUGUGAGAACCCCACCUUUGGCGAACGACCGUGCUUUGCUGGAAUUGUGAACUUUAAUUUCAUUUCGUUUACUGAGAUGGUGUCGCUGCUACUUGAAUGCAUUCCGCCUUUCCCCCA